AUGCCCUGGCGGCCGCUACCUCGCAUCGCAUUCGCUGUCGCUAUAUACCCCUUCAAUCCCUCCUCCCCCGCGGACCUACCAUUGGAGCUCGGCGAUGAACUGUACAUAAUUGAACAAGGCGGCACAGAUGGCGAAUGGUGUCGCGGAUAUCUUGUCGCGCCUCCCUCGCUGCUAGCAGGCUUGUCCAGCACCAAAGGCCAGACUCUCGAGGCCCGAGUGUUCUCGGGCGUCUUCCCACGAAACUGCGUGGAGAUUCGCGAAGUGCUGGGCGAAGGCGAGGGAUACAAGGCUUUGCUGAAUGGAGAUCGCACAAGCAUGGAUCGCUUGACCCUGUCAGGCUCGGACGGGGAGUUUCUGGCGCGAAACAGCUUUGCCCUGUCUGGCGAUUUCACGGGUGAAGUGUCGGAUGUUAUUUUCGCGAAAAAGGGCAAGCCCGCUCAAAUCGUGAUUCACAAGACCGACGACCCCGCCCUGUCAAGUCCGCGCUCCAUGCAGACAUGGCGGACGGGUUCAAUUCCUCACACCCCGGUGUCGUUUACUCCCCGCGACCCUGAUGCGCCGAAGCCUGCGGCGCCUGUUCCAAUGCUCAAAAUUGGCGACGAAACACCCACUUCCUUGACGGAGCCCUUGGUCGAUGAAAUCGCAUCAUGUCUGCGUGAAUGGCAUUCAACGAAUUUACAUGAACUGCUGCUGGACCGAAAGUAUGAUGUGCUGGAAAAGAUGAGCGGCAUGGUGCAGGAAUUGGACUUUGCAAGAAGACAGCUAUUACACAAUGUUCUCACUGGACAGGAGAAAGAAAUAUUGCGGAACGAAACCGUAUGGAAACUCGUCAAGGCAAACAAGAUGCUCAGCGGGAACGUAAUUGUUCGCGAUCCAGAACAACGGGGCCGUCUGCUCACAGGAGACGACUCGGGAAUCCAACUUGCAAAGCUCCAGUCAGAGAUGAGCAUGCUUGAAUCCAAUCCUGUCACAACCUCCGAUGCUACGGCCCUUCACCACCUGCUCCUUGAGAUCAACGCGGUAUCAGGGAACUCUCCGGGCCCCACAACUAUCGCAAUUCAGUUAUAUUCGCAGUCAGAUGCUGGCGUCCUCGGUCCGUUAUCCGAGACCUUUAGCCUGGAUAUCCCAUCACCGGAUAAAUUUAUCAACAUGAGCCAGAGCAGCAAGCUGAAAACACUAUUUACCGAAUUGGCUGCUACGGAUAUCGGCGAUGGGUCCUCCAACGGCCGACAGCUAUACCUUGUGGCAUGGGUUCGCGCCUCGGAGACACGCUCUGCGCCUGAUCCCACACCCAUGCCAAGACCAUCCGUUUCGAGGGAAAGCCCGACCCCAGUCAAGUCCCCAACGAACGGUGGCAUCCAGCCCUCUGCCAAGGGCAGUUUGAAAACGCGACGGAGCAUGAUGUGGACGCCUAAGCAGCGUGGGCCAAGCUCGGACAACAUAGGCAGGCCGAACGUUCAGGGUAUUCCAAGAACCUCGAGCAGCUCCUCGAGCUUCAAGGAGCCAGCUCCCACCCAACCUGUCCCGACAAAGGAGAUUUCUGCGAUUCGCACUGUCGGCGUUGGAGUUUUGGAAAUCUCCCAGAUUCUCCGACAGGAACGAGACGGAGAGCAGGUGAUCAAUGUCUGGUCACCUCGUCGAGAAGGCGAAGACGGGGAUGGAAUGGCAGAUGGCUUUGACAAGUUGGUUCGGACAUUACUUCCCAGUCCGACAGGGCGCUAUGUGCGCGCAGAUCAUGCUGCGCGCCUUCACCUUCACCUACGUCCCUUCGUCAGUGCGGAUCCUGAUGCCUUGAUCCGACAAAAUCCCACUAUCCUGCAUGACGUUGUUCAGACACAGCGCAUCGGUUUCUCAAAGGCACCCACUCGCACAAGAUCAGACAUCUACGUCACACUCUCCCAGGCUGUCUUCCCGACAGACGCUCUCCUCUCCCAUCCGCUGGCCGGUCAACUCCCUCUGCAAGUCACCUCGGGUCUUAAUAACCUCCAGCUUACCCUUGAGGUGCGUGAUGCACAAGGAGCGCGGAUAGAUCGCUGUGUCUUCCCUUCGUCCGCCAACACUUCGAACACAGCGUGGCGAACUACGCUCACCCAGCGAGGAUCGCCAUGGAACCAGACUAUCCGCCUCAAAAUCCCCACGGAGAAGAUUCCUGGGUCUCAUAUGGUGAUGAGUAUUGCGGAUGCACCAGAGUUCCCUUUUGCGCUUGCUUGGAUGCCUCUCUGGGAUCAACAGGCUUUCAUCAAGGACGGUCGUCACUCUCUCUUAUUGCAUGCUUAUGACAAGCAAACGUCCAGCAUUGAGAACGGAAAAGGCGCUUACUUGAACCUUCCCUGGAGUUCACUUGGCAAGAAUGAGUCUGCCAAGGAUGAAGCCUUGACUGGCCCCUUGGCCACACUGCAGUUGGAAACACAUCUUUGCAGCACCGAGUACUCUCAAGAUCAAGUGAUCUUAAGUCUCUUGAAUUGGCGUGAGCGGCCCGUCGAUGAAGUUUUGGAUACCCUCAAGCGCUUGCUCUUCGUUCCAGAGAUCGAGAUCGUCAAGCAACUGAAUGGCGUGUUUGAUGCAUUGUUCGGAAUCUUGGUUGAGAAUGCCGGCAAUGAAGAAUACGAAAACUUGAUUUUCAACAACCUGGUCACUGUCCUUGGGAUUGUCCACGACCGACGCUACAAUUUGGGGCCGCUUGUCGACAGCUACGCUGAUAACCAGUUCAACUUCCCCUUCGUCACACCAUGCCUCAUCCGCAGCUACCUGCGCCUUUUGAAUGGUGCUACCGAUGGCCAACAAUCCCGCAGCUUACGUGCCGCCUUCAAGGUGGGACGUCACCUGCUGAAGUUCAUCAUCAAGGCCCGUGAACAACAACAGGCGAAGGAAGAAGGCAUCGGUAUCACCAAGGUGCAAUCCACAUUCAAUAGAGAUAUGCAUACCAUCUUCAAGUCGAUGGAGACAUUGAUGAAAAACAACUCGCCGGCUUUGGUGGGUAGCAAAACGCUGAUUGUUCAGCACAUUCAUACUUGGCUCCCCGAACUCUCCAAGGUCUUGGGCCGAGACGAAUUGAUUAUGAUCGCACUGAGCUUUAUGGAUUCAUGUAAAGACGUGACAGGAAUGCUCAUUCUUUACAAGCUGGUUCUCAUUCAAAAUUAUACCCAAUUUGAGCUGUUUGCAUCGGGUGAAGAAAGGAAAACCCUGAUCAACAGUUGCAUCGGUUGGCUGGCUCCAUACUGGGGCCCAACCCCUACCGUAUCGGAUCUGUACCGCGAUCAGGUGCGCUUGAGCAGCUCCAUCGUGGCUCAGUUGCUCAGUCAACCUGAUCCCCUGCUCUAUGGGUUCAUGCCGAGUAUCGUUGCUUCUUAUUGUGCUAUCUCCGCAGAAGGGGUUGAUGAGUCUGAGUAUCUGUCCUUACUGUUCAGCAAGGCAUUCCCAUUCCAGAUGAAAACCGCAACUGCUCCCCAGAGAUUCGAUGAGUCGUUGGUUGAACUCUCUGCUCUCAUCGCCGCUAUAGCUAAGAUUGCGUCUCCCAAGCUACCUUCAUUGAAAGAGCUGGAGCUUGCCACCUUUGUCGGGCAAACCUUCGAGGCUCAUAACUCUAUCUUGGAUUGUGAGGCUUACCCAGAGACUUGGUUCAGCAUGCAUGUUUACAACCACCGCGCGACUGUCAAAAGCCUUGAACAUAUUGCCUUGUUAUUGAUUGAUAGGCUCCUGCCGGCACCCGAUGAUGCCGACACUUUUGAUACCAAGCUAUGGGAAUCAUUCUUCACCACCUUGCUCAAGGUUAUUUCCAGCGAUGUUCUUGCGCUGGAGACCUUCCCCGAGCAGAAGCGCCGAGCAGUGUGGAAGAUCGCCGGUGAUGUCCGCGAGCAGGGUGCCGAGCUGUUACAGUCUACCUGGGAGGCCAUUGGCUGGGAGACUACUGAUGAGGAGAGAGAGCGGUUUAAUCUUAAGAGAUUGGGUGGCUAUCAGGUCCAAUAUGUUCCGGGCUUGGUUCCCCCUAUCAUCGGCCUGUGUCUCAGUGUGCACGAAGGUUUGCGCCAUGUUGCUGUCCAGAUAAUGCAAACUAUGAUUCUCAGUGAAUGGGAUCUGAACCAAGACAUCUCCAUCAUCGAGACGGAGAUAAUUUCCAGCCUCGACAGUCUCUUCAAGUCAAAGAUGAUGAACGAGAGCGUCAGCCAGAAGAUCUUCAUUGCUGAACUGCUGGAUCUAUUUGAGAGUGACACAGCCUCUGAUGAUCUCUUGUUAAAUGCAGUGAGGAGUCUCGUUGGAACAGUUGAUGAACUCCUGGAUCUGCUAGUGGCUUCGCAAAAUGGAGUCUCUAUCCAAUCUCUUCAUGCCCUGAAACUGAUGGAAUAUAUGAAGGACAUGGGCCGUGAGGAUAUCUUCAUUCGCUAUGUCCACGAACUAGCCGAAGCUCAGGCCGCAGCAGGCAACUUCACCGAGGCUGGUCUUGCUCUUCAAUUCCAUGCCGACCUCUACGAAUGGGAUCUCACCAAGACUCUACCGGAGUUGCUCACCCCCGCGUUCCCUGUCCAGAGUGCGUUUGAGCGCAGAGAAGCAUUGUACUUCUCUGUCAUCUCACACUUCGAGAACGCCAUGGCCUGGGCCCCUGCAUUAGUUUGCUACAAGGAACUUGCGGCACACUAUGAGCACACAACCAUGGACUUUGCAAAGCUCUCUCGGGCCCAGAGCUCCAUGGCUCGAAUCUAUGACUCCAUCUCCAAGGGCGGCAAGCAGUUGCCGCGCUACUUCCGUGUCAUCUACAAGGGUCUUGGCUUCCCUCCCAGCCUUCGUGAUAAAGAAUUCGUCUUUGAGGCAGCACCGACCGAACGCAUGGCUGCAUUUGUUGAUCGCAUGCAGCGCGAACAUCCUAUGGCGCAGGUCAUGUCUUCGGGCGAAAUUCCUGAUUACGAAGGCCAGUUCCUGCAAAUCAGUGCCGUCAGUGCUCACCGCGACGUGUCUCAUCCUGUAUACCAACGGGCCAAGGUACCAUACUCUGUUCGCGAACAUCUAUUGAUGUCAGAUCCCUCGCGUUUCUCCUCCACAUCACGACGCCACACUGGUAGCUCGGAUGUGCGUGAGCAGUACGUUGAGAAAUUCGUCUUCACGGUUUCAGAGGCUUUCCCCAACAUCCUUCGUCGCAGCGAGAUUGUCUCUGCUCAAGAGAUCUCUUUGUCGCCCUUGCAGACGGCGAUCGAACGAACGUGGCGCAAGACUCAGGAGCUUCAGCUAAUUGAGCGUCGCGCUGCUUCGGGUGAGGAUUCUGGUCUGUCGAAUUUGACAGAGGCCCUGGAGCAACUCCUCGAGCACAGAUCCCCAUCAUCUAACUGCGUGGCUCUAUACCGCGUAUUCCUCUCUGAUGCGGAACUGGCACGGAACAAGCGACUUGAAGGGGUGGACGAAAACGCUGAGAUCGGAGAGCCUGAGCCUGAGCCCGUGGAUCCAAUGGAGACCGCACUCUCUGUGGCACUUGUUGAUCACGCGUUGGCCAUUAAACACGCCCUGUCUCUCUACCAGCGUCCCGCUCAGCAAGCCACCCAAGCCGAGCUCCUCCGACGAUUCGAGGACGUCUUCGAGCCCGAGUUGGGCUCCAUCGCCCCCGCCCCAGUUGAGUACUCGUCACCAACACCAACCCAGACCGCUCGCCAAUCACCCGUCGGUGACGUCCGCCGACUCCCCAUCCAACGCACCGUCAGCAGCGAGCAAGAUGCGACUCGCCGCAACGCGCACACGCGCAAACGCUCCGACCGACAAUCCGUCAGCCACCGCAUUAGCAUCAUCAACCCCUUCAAGCGCCACGGCGGGUCCAACUCCAUCUUCACCAUUCAGCCCGACAAGACCCAAACACCCGGCGAGGAAGAGAUCGAUGAUGACACGGCCACCAUCCACAGCCGCACCACCAGCCACUCCCGCGGUGGUCGUAGCGAAAAACGUCGCAGCUUCUUCGGCGACAAAGGCUACAAGCACGGUUCCUCCCCUUCCGUGGCCCAGGAAUCCCAGACCUCCUUGAAGAUCCGCAACCCGUCCCGGGACCCUUCGCACGACAGUCGCAGUCGUGCAGACUCGCAGCAGCGACACCCGAGCACGGGUGAGCGGGCACCUCCCAGCGCCAGCGGUGGAUGGUCGACCCUCCCGCCUACGCGUGACUAUUCCCGACCUGCUACGCGCGACAGUAAUCCUGUGACGAUGACGACGACCAAUGGCACGGCGCCUUUGUCGCCAGUCAGCAAUAACAGUUCUGGCAAUGGUGGGAUGCGGGACUCGAUGUUCCGUCGGUUCAGUCUCCUCAAGGGCAAGGGGGUGGGAAGGAAAAAUAGCCGGAUGGAUAUCAAAUCCCUGCCCGAGGAGUGA